AUGGACAGUUCACCAGCCCCAGCAUUCGAGGGCUGGGUUAGCCAUUCAGCGACAUCCCCUCUAACUUUCACCACCUUCAAGCCAAAACCUUUUUCCCCUUUCGAUGUCGAUAUCAAAGUUACGCAUUGCGGCAUAUGUGGAUCGGACAUACACACUCUCCGCUCAGGCUGGGGUCCGACCAAUUACCCAUGUGUCGUCGGCCACGAGAUUGUCGGCCACAUUGCCCGUGUAGGCUCGUCUGUGCGCAGCCUUAAUUCGCCGUCCAAGGACUUGAAGGUCGGUGAUCGCGUUGGCGUUGGCGCUCAGUGCAGUUCGUGCCUCAAAGCAGACUGCGAAGAAUGCACAUCUGGCCUAGAGCACUAUUGCCCUCGUGGGACCGGAACAUACAACAGCAAAUUCGCCGAUGGAAGCAAAUCAUAUGGUGGCUAUGCAAAAUACUGGCGAGGACCGGCCUACUUUGUUUUCAAAAUACCAGACGCUUUGCCUAGCGAACUAGCUGCUCCAUUAUUAUGCGGCGGUAUCACGAUGUUUUCACCGCUGCUGAAAAAUGGUGCUGGGCCAGGAAAAUCCGUGGGAAUCAUUGGCAUUGGUGGCCUAGGCCAUAUGGGGUUGCUUUUCGCCAAAGCAAUGGGCUGUGAUCGUGUUGUCGCAAUUUCACGAACAAACUCGAAAAGGGCUGACGCUUUGGAUGGUUUGGGAGCUGAUGAUUUUAUUGCUACAGAUGAGGAUAAAGGUUGGGCUAAGAAGCAUGCAACCUCAUUGCACUUUAUUAUAAGCACUGUGUCAUCAGGAAACAUGCCGCUGUCCCAGUAUCUCAGAUUGCUCAAGCGUAAUGGCUCAUUUAUCCAAGUUGGAGCACCAGAAGAUCCGUUUCCAUCUUUCAAAGUUGGGACGAUGAUAAUGAAGGGCACCGUUAUUGCUGGAUCGCAACUUGGCUCUCCUGGUGAAAUCCGCCAAAUGCUUGAUUUGGCUGCUAACAAAAGAGUUCUUCCAUGGGUUCAGCAGAGAAGCAUGAGCGACGUCAACAAUGCUUUGGAAGAUAUGGAUGCUGGAAAGGCACGUUAUCGAUAUGUACUAACCAAUCCAUCUGAAGAGCUGGCAAAACUAUAA